AUGGCAAUGCUACGCGCCGGAGCAAGUGCGCUGCGUCGCGUCUCGCGCGUCUCGCGCGUCGCUCCGUCCGCCCCCGCCCUCAUUGCCGACGAGGCCGCGCUGCUGCGACCCGCGGCGAUGCAGAAGCGCGGCGCAUGGUCACCGACCGCCCCCGCGUACGCGGGCGGCCUGAACGUGCAUCGCGACUCGGCGGACAACACGGUGGACACGCCAUUCGACUUUUCCGACGAGAACUACGCCCAGAUUCAGACGAUCCUGAAGCGCUACCCGAAGAACUACGCCGCGUCCGCCGUCAUCCCGCUGCUCGAUCUCGCGCAGAGACAGAACGGCGGAUGGCUCCCGCUGUCGGCGAUGAACAAGGUCGCAAAGCUACUGGGGAUGGCGCCGAUCCGCGUGUACGAGGUGGCCAGCUUUUACACCAUGUUCAACCGCGACAAGAUCGGAAAGUACAACGUGCAGGUGUGCACCACGACGCCGUGCAUGCUGCGAGGUGCUUAUGAUAUUCUUGACGCCGUGAAGGAGCACUUGGGCGUUGAGGUGGGGGGAGAUACCGCAGAUGGCCUGUUUCAUGUGAUGGAAGCCGAGUGUCUGGGAGCGUGUGUUAACGCGCCUAUGGUGCAAAUCAAUGAUCACUUCUACGAGGAUCUUACCAAGAAGACUGUCAAGAGCGUGCUCUCGGACCUCAAGGCUGGCAGGCAACCGAAGAUCGGACCGCAGAUAGACCGCAACGGGUGUGAGGGACCGCAAGGCCGUACCAGCCUCAAGACACCGGCGGGCGGGCCGUUUUGUAGAGAUUUGGCGGCGGCAAAGGAGGCGCAAGAAAAGGCACAAUAG